AUGAAGCUUUUGCAGUUCCCUUGGGCUCGACACGAUGCCCUCCUGUCGCACGCCCUGAUGCUCGCUUCCCUCGUGGCAGCAUUUUUUUUAACCGAAAAUUUUGUAAAGCGCAAAAAUAACCUUUUCUCUGUGGAAGUGUCCAGCAGGGUGUGCGACUUUCUCCGCAAAAAUUUUUACAAAGUGGAGUCGCUCUAUAUAUGCGGCGGUUCUGUCGCGCAGAGGGAUUUUUUUCACAAUGACUGGAGGAGUGUGCGGGAGGGCCUUGCGCGCCAGGGGGAGAAGAAUGAUAAGAAGCAGGGGAGGGGCGCGUGGGGCAGUCACGAAGAAAGCCAAACAGGUAGCCAAACAGAUCGCCAAACAGAUCGCCAAACAGAUCGCCAAACAGAUCGCCACACUGACCGCUUGGCAGACCGCCUCUCUGACCGCCUCUCCAACCGGCACACCGACUUCACCGUCGACACGAACAACCCCGCGCUGAACGAGCACAUCCUGGCCAAGGCCCGCCUGAUAUUUAACAAACUGGACAGCAACAGCAACAGCGCCAUAGACCUGAACGAGUUCAAAAGGAACGUGAGCAUACUUUCCAAAAUGAGGAGCAUCAGUGAGAAGCUGCUGAGCUACCUAUUCGACCUCUUCGACGUAAACAAGGACCAAAGAAUUGACUACGUGGAGUUCCUGUCCCUAAAUUCCUACGACUUUAACUACGUCAAGCUCAUUCAAAUUCUUUUUGAUGAGGAGAACCAAGUGGAGGGGGCUGCCAUUGGCAACUACCUGGAGAUUUACUUCUCCGAGUUUCUGGGCAACGUGGCGGAGGAGGUGGCGGAAGAUGCGGCGGGAGAUGCGGCGAACGACGUGGCGAACGACGUGGCGAACGACGUAGGGGAAGAUGCAGACGAGUACUUCUUCACACGAAGGGAUGAGCUCGUUCAAUCCUUGGUGAAAAACUUUUUAAAAAAUGAAAAAAAAAAGUGGGACACAAAUGACGAUGGGAAGUUGCAGCUUGAGGAGUUCCAAGACUUCCAGCUGUGCCUCCUCCUGCAGAUCGACCACUUGGCCAACUUCCUCCAGCUGGACUUGAAUUUGGACGGCCGCAUCGACCUGCCGGAGUUGCUCUUCUAUAUCAGCCACGAUGGGGCGGCGUACCGAAAGUUGCGUGCCUUCCUGCGGGGCGGUGGCGGUAGUGGUAGCGGUAGCGGUAGCAGUGGUGGCAGUGGCAGUCGUAGCAGUGGUGGCAGCGAGCGGGAGGCCCUGUUCAAAUACAUCCGGGAGGACCUCCACGUGGACUCCUCGCUCGUCCUCAACCUGCAGUUCCUGUUCUCCUCGUUCGACGUCAACGGUGACCUCCUCCUCGACUUGGAGGAGUACAAGGAUCAGAUGAGCACCUUCACCGUGCUGGACGCGGCCCCCGAGAUCGUCUUCUCGAGCUAG